CUGACAGCCCGUUAGCUGCUGCUGCUGCUCACCGGCAAUGAGACAGCAAACACGGACGCGAUACGACAACCUGAGAUGGACUUAACGAGUACUUUUUACCACUACAAAGACGGAUAUUAUUUAACACCGUCGUCCAUUAAGAGCAGAAGGCGUCUCUGACUCAUUUUUUGGUCUCGGAGGUGUAAAACGACACUCGACGUCCGGGAGAAGGAAUGGAUGCGACGGCUGAUUUCCUGCGACACGCACCGGCCAGCUAAGAGGCUUGCAGAUUCGCGUUGAGGAGCGGUUGAGUGCAGCUGAAUUUGCUCACGGUUUGACUUAUUUCUGCUUAAAGUGGCAGCAAUAUCCUCAAAAAUACAGUCGUAAUCGGGAGGUGAAAGGAUACACGAAGUUCCAGAGGAGCGUAUCUAAUCGACCCAGCGCAGCUUUAGCUAGCCAGCGGCUAGCUGGAUUUCGCAUUCUGUUUAUUUAUUUUGUAAUCGAUUAUAGUGUUGUUUUUAUUGUCAUGUAGCUUAGCUCCUGCAGAGUUAGGAAGAGGAACACCGCCUGCAAGCUUGGGUUUUAGCCUGACUGCAGCUGGGAGCGUUUGGCUUGUGUGUGUGUAUGUGUGUUUGUUUUUUUUUAAGGCACGUUAAUCACAUGACUUUUUCACUUAUGGCUCGCUAUUUGCGCUAGCUAGUAGGCAACGCAGCUUUUUGGCCUCGAGAAACUCUUUCAGCAUAAAAAUGCACCACCAAGACUUCCCCGGAGACCAGUCCGGGACCGGGAGCCGGAAAACGGCUUACCACUACAGGAGAGGCAGCAGCGGGGCGCCCCCAGCCUCCUCCGCUGCCGGUGUCAGCGCAGUGGACGACAAUCCAACCCAGGUUGGAUCCUCCUCUCCUGGACUCCACCAUCAGCCUCAGUCCCAAGUGGCUGGAGCUCAGGUGAAGAAGAAAAGCGGCUUCCAGAUCACAAGUGUCACUUCCGCUCAGAUAAACGUGAGUGGCAACAACAGCUUGGCAGAUGAUACUGAGAGCUACGACGACAUGGAUGAGUCCCACACUGAGGACCUGUCCUCCUCUGACAUGCUGGAUGUGUCCGUGUCAAAGGCCACUGAUACGGGUGUGCCGGAGAGGAGCUCCUCUGACGAGACUUUGAACAGCCUCCAUGGAGUCGACACGCCUGGACUGGUGUCACCCAAUGAGCCUCUCCAGCCUCAUUCUAUCCCACAGGGGUCUCAGCAUCACCCCUCUAUGGUAAAUGGGACUGUGCAUCAUCAGUACUACCCUCAGCAGCACAGCCAGGCCCACCAUCAUCACUUUGACAGCUUAGGUGGAGGUGAAGCAUCACUGCCAACACUUCCCAUUGCUCCUUUGGCAAGCUCCAGCCCAUCUAUAGCUUCCAAAGUUGGUCUUAACCAGCCUCAGAGGCCACCAGCAGUGUUUGAUAACACUAAAACUGCAGGGGGGGCAAGCCAGCCUGCAGCCUCUGUUGUUGGUGGGGCAGCCACUGAUCCACUUGUACAAGGCAGUGUGAACAUUUCUACUGUGUCUGCUGUUGCUGCUGCUCCAGGUUUUGAUAACACUAACAUGGGUGGCCAGGUGGCUCCUGUUGGUGGAGGAACUGGUCCAUCUGCUGCUACUGCUCCUCCUCCCAGCACUCAGACUCACCACACCCAAACUCAGACAGCCACCGGCUCUCGCUUCAGGGUGGUCAAACUAGACACGAACUCGGAGCCGUUCCGCAAAGGGAGAUGGACUUGCACAGAGUAUUAUGAAAAGGAGGUUCCUCAUCCUCCUACGGCGGAGGCAGCAAAAGGUGCAGAGGUGGUUGCAGACCCUGAAGCAGGUAAUGCUGGGAUCAGUCCAGGUGUAGCUGCCGUACAGCCGCCUCACACGGUGCAGCCCUAUCAGCCACCAAGCCAGGACUUCACUAGUCCACAAGCCAUGCAGAGUCCACUGCAGGGACUGGCACAAACCACACCUGUAACCUAUGUUUCACCUCAGGAGGUUGUUGUAGGGAAGCCAGCGGUUCCUGUCAGUAUCCCUCCAGCAUUACCACAGGUGACACCACAGACUGGUGUAAGCCAGCCUCCACUAGUAAAACCCCAGCAGGUGCCCUAUUCUGUGGAUCCUCACCAGCCUCAGCCACAGGGAGGGUAUCCUGCACCUCAGCUCCAAACGGGGGUCAGACAGCCAGACUUUAUUCAGCCCACCGCACCUUUCCAGACACAAGUCCAACCUCCACUGCCGCAUGCCACGGCUAUAGUCUCUGUGACGCCACUGCCAGGGGUCACGGUGCAGCAGCCUGUAAGCAUUACCCAGCAGCUGCCCCAUCAUGGUCAGGUUGCCCCAUCUGCUACAGCAACCAUUGCCGCAGGACAGCCCCAGACCCUCCCAGCUCCACCUCAACCCCAGCCUCAUCCACAGCCACAAAUCCAACCCCAUUCUGCUGGCACCAUCACCAUAGCACCCACCCACGGGACCCCCUACAUGCCUCUGACUGCGCUGCAAGCUGAUCUUCAGCCCAUCCUCACGCCAGGCACAACCUUCACCCAUGUUCCUGCUGGGGGGAGUGCCAUAACAGCGUCCCAGCUGGAGGACGCCCAGAAGCUUCUGCUCCAGCACCAAGGUCUGCUCGGGCUGCCCAGGCUGGGGGCUGCAGCAGGUGGAGACGGCGUCACAGAAGCUGGCGGUGCUGCUGGAACUCUGGCCCACAUGGGGAUGUCAGCUGAGGCCAGUGCCUUCAUGGUGGCUGCAGGCCUGAGAACUCAUCAUGGUGAAGGAGAGGAGGACAGCUCCUCGGGUGCAAGUGUGGUGGCCAUCGACAACAAGAUCGAGCAAGCAAUGGAUCUGGUGAAGAGCCACCUGAUGUACGCCGUGCGCGAGGAGGUGGAGGUGUUGAAGGAGCAGAUCAAAGAGCUGAUCGAGCGCAACACUCAGCUGGAGCAGGAGAACAAUCUGCUCAAGACCCUGGCCAGCCCCGAGCAGAUGGCUCAGUUCCAGGCUCAAGUCCAGACUGGUGGCUCCCCAACCGGCACCACCCAACCUCCAGUCCCGGCUGGCCCCUCCACGCAGAGCUCCGGCACAUCUGCAUAACCCAGACAUUGGAGAGCCCCCUGACGAUGAGAGACCGGGGGGAUGGAAGAAAGAAGAUGAGGAGGAGAAAGGAGUCUCGUCAUACUGUGAACAGACUCUAGCAUCAAGACUCUGCCAGUGUUUGGAGGAGCACACACUCGGGCUCAGCCGGAGGAUGAACCACUCUCUUUUGUUGCACAUUUUAUUUAACUGACUUUGGAGUCACACCGAUGUGUAAGUGUGUGUGUGUGUGCGCGCGCGUCUUUGCCUCGUUUCUGACUUUUAACCACCCGCUUCAGACAAUCCUCGUUGUCAUGCUGGUUGUCGUUGUAAUCAUCAUCAUGGUGACAACAACAAUGCGGGGAAAGGGACAGAGCUAACAGGAACCGACCCUGCCGCCAUCUUCAGGGCCGCUUUUAAAAAAAAAAAAAAAAAAAAAAAAAAAAAGGAGGGCGGGAGGAGUUAACCAAGGGCCCGGCCAAUCAAAGAAGCAGGCUCUUGUCGCGGUGUGACCCCCUCCCUGCUGAAAACGUGUGCCAUCGUCCCCCGCCCCGCCUUGCCUCACCCUGACUGUCCAUCAGCACACAGAGGGUUGUUUUUUUGUUUUGUUUUUUUUAAAUUCAACAUCUUCCUGUUUUCCUGUUGCACUUUUUUUCCAAGCGGACUUUUAACGGAUGACAGAAGAUUCAUACAACCCACCCUCAAUCCGGGAAAGUCCCAGGUCUCUGAGGAUCACCAGUCUUGACAUUCUUCAAGGGGAGGAUGGUCAUAAAAUCUAUGAAUUAAAUAUCAGCUGCUUCUCAUUGUUCACUUUGAGAACUGAGUUUGAGGUCCACGUUGCCCACCCUUGACACCCCCUCCCUGUUCUUUCUCAGACAGCGCAUUAAAGAUUUAUGCAGGGGAUCAAUGUUUUUUUUUUUUUUUGUUUUUUUAAGGAGGGCUGGGAGAAGCUUGUUUUGUCUAUCCUAUUAAUUUUGUUUUGUUUUGUUUUUGCUCCUGUUAAUGUAAUAAUGUCCAAGUGAUCUGUAAAAUGGCAGGAAGGCAGUUCGAUAGGACAUGACUGUUUCUAGCUAGUGAUCUUUGUAUAGGUGAAAAUUUUCCAGUUCAACUCUGCCAAGUGCCUGGUUUCCAACCAUAGAUACAUAUAUAGAAGCCUUUUUUUUUGUUGUUGUUCUACUCUUUUGUAUAUAUAUCUAUGGUAUGGCCAGGUUUUUCUCUGAUCUACCUGUGAUGUCAUUACUCAGGGUGGCAACAGAAGAGGACCUUUUACCUCCACACUAAGAUGCUGUCUCUCCUGUGGUGACACACGGCCUUGUACUGUAUCUGCCGUCGCUUCAAACUCACUCGCUCAAAUGAUCUGGACUCUUUAACCAUUUGGAGACGUGUGUAGUUUUUUUUUUUUUUUAAAUAAAUCUUAGCAUAAUUUUUUUUUUGUUGUUGUUGUUGUUUUUUUUUUGUACAGCCAAGUGUUUGAGUUGCUCAGUGCAACUGGAGCGCUGAACACAAUAACGAGACAUCUGGCUUAAAAAAAAAAAGAA